AUGUCUACUAAACCAGUGACUAUUCACCACCUUCACAUCUCUCAAUCGGAGCGCAUAGUUUUUCUCGCAGAAGAACUCGGGUUAGACUAUCAACUCAAGCUCUACACUCGCGCACCUGUCCUCUCGCCUCCAGAUCUUCGCGCGCUUACACACCAAGGUUCGGCUCCAGUGCUUACUUCAACGACCCCGUCCGGCAAAGAGUUCAACAUCACCGAAAGCAAUGCGAUUGCAGAGUACCUCUUAACAGUCCACAAUCCAUCCAAGAAACUCACACUGCCGAGUGACCAUGAGGACUACGUGCAGUACUUAUUCUGGCUCCAUUUCGCUAAUGGCACUCUUCAAUCGGCCAUGGGCCGCAAAGUCGCAGCUAGCAUGUUCGACCCUACUGGCUCCCACCCGGCCAACGCAUCCGUGGCAGCAGGCAUUGACAAGGCACUUCAAAACAUGAACAACCGUCUCACAGCAACGAAAGCGUACCUGGCGGGUGAUGAAUUUACCGCAGCCGACGUCAUGACGGUGUGGUGUGUCACGAACAUGCGCCAAUGGACUCCAGUGGAUCUGAGGCCCUACCCGGCCAUCCUGGAUUGGCUAGGCAGGAUCGAGAAGAGGGAAGGGUAUAGGAGAGCCAUGGACAAAUGCGAGGGUCAAAUUGAUUGGCGCAAGAGCCUGACCAGCGAGGGACCUGGCCUGUUCCCAGCCUUGGUGGAAAUACGGAAGAAAGCUGCUCAAGAUGCCAAGAGGAAGUCCAAGGUGUAG